CGGGCCGCAAAGUGCGCGAGGCCCUAGGCCGAGAGUUGUCAAGACCAAGCCACUUCCGAGGCGCCCACCGUGUGUCGCCACCACCCCUGGAAGACGACGUCGACGCGUAGGAGGAGGCGGCGGAGGCGUGCAGUUGUCUCGCCCACUCCCCUACCCAGAACUCGCACCCAACGUCAGGGCGCGAUGGAGUGAAGCGACGACGAAGGUGGUACUUCCGCGUUGCGCUGCUCGAGCUGAACGCGGCCAAGGCCGCUCCCCAAUCCCCGGGGGCACUUGGAGGACUCCGGACUCCCUCGCAGGUCAGCGCGCGGUGCAUCUGGUGUUUUUGCUGCUAAGGACAGGACGACCAGCACGACCAGCCGCCUGGAUUCCUGCUUCCCCCAGGCCUGGAGGCCGCUGCGUACCCCACUGUGACCUGGAACCCAGGGACCCAAGUCCUGACCCGUAUUAUCGUGGCGUGUUUUUUCCCGGUUCGCCCUGGUACUGUGUCCCUCCGCCGUCGCCGCUGUUCCCGUUUCCGGCGGGAGAGAUGGCCAAGAUCUGACCCGGGACGAGGCCGCACCCGCGCCGCGCUCUGCGGCGAACUCUAGGCGAUGCCGAGCAGCUCGGACACGGCACUGGGGGGAGGCGGGGGCCUGAGCUGGGCGGAGAAGAAGUUGGAGGAACGCCGCAAGCGGAGGCGAUUCCUGUCCCCUCAGCAGCCGCCGCUGCUGUUGCCGCUCCUGCAGCCGCAGCUCCUGCAACCGCCGCCGCCCCCGCCGCCUCUGCUCUUCCUGGCUGCUCCCGGCACGGCCGCCGCCGCCGCAGCCGCCGCCGCCGCUGCGGCCUCCUCCUCUUGCUUCAGCCCAGGCCCCCCUCUGGAGGUCAAGCGGCUGGCGAGAGGCAAGAGGCGCCCAGGAGGGCGGCAGAAGCGGCGCCGCGGGCCCCGCGCCGGGCAGGAGGCGGAGAAGCGUCGGGUCUUCUCGCUGCCCCAGCCGCAGCAGGACGGCGGUGGCGGUGCUAGUAGCGGCGGGGGUGUGACCCCGCUGGUGGAAUACGAGGAUGUGAGCUCCCAGUCCGAGCAGGGGCUGCUGCUGGUGGGGGGCUGCGCGGCAACGGCGGCGACGGCUGCCGGGGGAACGGGGGGCAGCGGCGGGAGUCCGGCCUCCUCCUCCGGCACCCAGCGGCGCGGGGAGGGGUCGGGGCGCAGGCCCCGCCGGGACCGCCGCCGCAGUAGCGGCCGCAGCAAGGAGCGCCACCGCGAGCACCGGCGGCGGGACGGGCAGCGCGGCAGCAGCGAGGCCUCUAAGUCCCGCAGCCACCACAGCCACAGCGGCGAGGAGCGGGCCGAGGCUACCAAGAGUGGCAGCAGCAGUAGUAGUGGCGGCCACCGGAAAAGCGCCUCGGCCACAUCUAGCAGCGGUAGCAGCCGCAGGGACCGAGACCUGAAGGCUCACCGGAGUCGGACUAAGUCGUCCAAGGAGCCGCCUUCGGCCUACAAGGAGCCGCCCAAGGCCUACCGGGAGGACAAAACUGAGCCUAAGGCCUACAGGCGGCGGCAGCGGUCCCUAAGCCCCUUGGGAGGCCGGGACGACAGCCCGGUGUCCCACAGGGCCUCACAGAGCCUGAGGAGCCGCAAGUCACCCAGCCCGGCAGGAGGUGGCAGCAGCCCCUAUUCACGGCGGCUGCCGCGCUCCCCAAGCCCCUACUGCCGCCGCCGUUCCCCCAGCUACAGCCGCCACAGCUCGUACGAGCGGGGCGGCGACGUGUCUCCCAGCCCCUACAGCAGCAGCAGCUGGCGUCGCUCCCGGAGCCCUUACAGCCCCGUGAUCAGACGGUCUGCCAAAUCCCGAAGCAGAAGCCCAUAUUCAUCUAGGCAUUCAAGAUCUCGUAGCAGGCACAGAUUGUCUAGAUCCAGAAGUCGUCAUUCUAGCAUUUCUCCUAGCACACUAACUCUGAAGAGUAGCCUGGCAGCUGAAUUGAACAAGAAUAAAAAAGCGCGAGCUGCAGAGGCCGCAAGAGCUGCAGAGGCCGCAAGAGCUGCAGAGGCUGCUAAAGCUGCAGAGGCCGCUAAAGCUGCUGAGGCCUCUGCCAAAGCUGCCAAAGCCUCAAACACUUCUACACCUACCAAGGGGAACACAGAAACUGGUGCCAGCGCAUCACAAACAAACCAUGUGAAGGAUGUGAAGAAACUUAAAAUUGAGCAUGCACCUUCUCCCUCAAGUGUUGGAGCUUUAAAAAAUGACAAGACAAAAACAAAGCCACCGAUUCAGGUAACAAAGGUGGACAAUAAUUUGAUUGUAGAUAAAACCACGAAGAAAGCAGUUAUAGUUGGGAAGGAGAGUAAAUCUGCUGCUAUAAAGGAGGAACCAGUAUCUCUUAAAGAGAAAACCAAACCACUUACACCAAGCGUAGGAGCCAAGGAGAAGGAACAACAUGUGGCUCUAGUGACCUCUACAUUACCACCAUUACCUUUGCCUCCCAUGUUGCCUGAAGAUAAAGAUGCUGAUAGCUUACGAGGAAAUAUUUCAGUAAAAGCAGUUAAAAAAGAAGUAGAAAAGAAACUGCGAUGUCUACUUGCUGAUUUACCACUACCCCCUGAGCUACCAGGAGGAGAUGAUCUCUCAAAGAGUCCAGAGGAAAAGAAAACAGCAACACAGUUACAUUGUAAAAGGAGGCCUAAAAUAUGUGGGCCUCGCUAUGGUGAAAUCAAAGAAAAAGAUAUUGACUGGGGAAAACGCUGCGUGGAUAAAUUUGAUAUUAUCGGAAUUAUUGGAGAAGGUACCUAUGGACAAGUUUACAAGGCCAGGGAUAAAGACACUGGAGAAAUGGUAGCCUUAAAAAAAGUACGUCUAGAUAAUGAAAAGGAAGGCUUUCCGAUUACAGCAAUUCGAGAAAUUAAAAUUCUCCGGCAGCUUACUCACCAGAGUAUUAUCAAUAUGAAGGAGAUAGUUACCGAUAAAGAGGAUGCUUUGGAUUUUAAAAAGGAUAAAGGUGCAUUUUAUCUGGUAUUUGAAUAUAUGGACCAUGAUCUGAUGGGACUACUGGAAUCAGGCUUGGUUCAUUUUAAUGAAAAUCACAUAAAGUCAUUUAUGAGACAGCUCAUGGAAGGUCUGGAUUAUUGUCAUAAGAAGAACUUUUUGCAUAGAGAUAUAAAAUGUUCAAAUAUUCUUCUAAAUAAUAGAGGGCAGAUAAAACUUGCAGAUUUUGGACUCGCUCGAUUGUAUAGCUCAGAAGAAAGUCGGCCGUAUACUAACAAGGUCAUAACUUUAUGGUACCGUCCACCUGAACUGCUGUUGGGAGAAGAACGAUACACACCAGCUAUUGAUGUAUGGAGCUGUGGAUGUAUCCUUGGUGAACUCUUUACUAAAAAACCUAUAUUUCAAGCAAAUCAGGAACUUGCACAACUAGAAUUAAUAAGCCGUAUAUGUGGGAGUCCAUGUCCUGCAGUGUGGCCUGAUGUAAUCAAACUACCGUAUUUCAACACCAUGAAACCAAAGAAGCAAUAUCGUCGAAAGUUAAGAGAAGAAUUUGUUUUUAUUCCUGCAGCUGCACUAGACUUAUUUGAUUACAUGCUCGCCUUGGAUCCUAGUAAGCGCUGCACUGCAGAACAAGCUCUUCAGUGUGAUUUCCUACGGGAUGUGGAACCCUCAAAAAUGCCCCCACCAGACCUUCCUUUAUGGCAAGACUGUCAUGAGUUAUGGAGUAAAAAGCGAAGGAGACAGAAACAGAUGGGCAUGACUGAUGAUGUUUCUACAAUUAAAGCCCCCAGAAAGGACUUGUCUCUGGGCUUGGAUGACAGCAGAACGAACACACCCCAGGGUGUGCUGCCAACUUCACAACUGAAAUCUCAGGGCAACUCGAAUGUAGCACCUGGUGAAAAACAGACAGAGCCAUCAACACCACAACAGGAGUCUUCAAAACCAUUGGGAGGAAUUCAACCUUCUUCUCAGAGCGUCCAGCCUAAAGUGGAGACUGAUGCUGCCCAGGCAGCUGUACAGAGUGCAUUUGCAGUUCUGUUGACUCAAUUAAUAAAGGCUCAGCAGUCAAAGCAGAAAGAUGCGCUACUAGAAGAAAGAGAAAAUGGAUCGGGACAGGAAGCAUCGUUACAACUCAGGCCACUUCCAGAACCUAGCACUCCAGUAUUGGGGCAAAAUGACCUCAUCCAGCACCAAGACAUGAGGAUAUUAGAGCUCACACCAGAACCAGACCGGCCACGUAUUUUGCCUCCUGAUCAACGACCUCCUGAACCACCUGAACCACCACCAGUCACUGAAGAAGAUCUGGAUUAUCGGACAGAAAACCAGCAUGUACCCACCACUAGUUCUUCGUUAACUGACCCUCAUGCCGGAGUAAAAGCAGCCCUGUUACAGUUACUUGCUCAGCAUCAGCCCCAGGAUGAUCCUAAAAGAGAAGGUGGUAUUGAUUACCAGGCAGGUGACACUUACGUACCCACUUCAGACUACAAGGACAAUUUUGGAUCCUCUUCUUUCUCUUCUGUUCCUUAUGUUAGUAAUGACGGUCUAGGAGGUAGUUCUGGUCUACCAUUGGAACGACGUAGCUUCAUUGGAAACUCAGAUAUUCAGUCUUUGGAUAACUACAGUACUACUUCAUCUCAUUCUGGUGGUCCAACACAGCCUUCUGCCUUUUCCGAGUCGUUUCCCAGUUCACUAGCUGGAUAUAGAGACAUUUACCUCAAUACUGGUCCCAUGUUGUUUAGUGGAGACAAGGACCAUAGAUUUGAAUAUAGCCAUGGUCCCAUUGCAGUCCUGGCGAACAGCAGUGACCCUUCCACAGGGCCAGAGAGUACUCAUCCUUUGCCAGCAAAGAUGCACAACUAUAACUAUGGCGGUACCUUACAGGAAAACCCGGGGGGGCCCAGCCUCAUGCAUGGACAGACUUGGACUUCUCCUGCCCAAGGACCUGGAUAUUCACAAGGAUACAGGGGACACAUUAGCACAUCAGCUGGCAGAGGUCGAGGCAGAGGACUACCAUACUGAGUAUCAGUUUUUCCUCAGGCACAUCAUUUUUAUCUGGAAAGACUUUUCUAGUUGCAAUUUAAGGCAGCAAUCCAAGAGACUUGAAUAAUAUUAAUUCAACAACAGCUUUAUUUUUAUGUGGAAAGGGUCUUGCAUACAAUAGUUUAAAAAAAGACCAAAAGAGAAAAAAAAAAAAAAAGAAAACCUUUGCUUAAUUCAUGCUGUUCUAAAAACUAGAUCUUUUGAUUGUACAUCUUCACAAAUUCUAGUUAACAAUUUUAUUUUGUAUUCUUGCAGUUUUAAGUGGAUGCUAAUAUUAGGGACAUAAAGUCCUUUAUGGCCCUCUUGCAGAUCUGAACUAUGCACAUUUGUGCUUUUUUUUGUAAGUUUGGACCAACUUUUAUGUAACAACCAACCAACCCCUCCCUCCUCCAGUUUUACAACAAUCAGAAAGGGCACUGAUUUAUUUGAUAUUUUCUUUUUACAAAGCUACCUUUAGUCAAAGGUCACUGUCAGUCUCUGCACCUGCUUUCAGUGUUAUUGUGAAAGGUGUACUUUGUGCUCAUUUCAGAAAAUAAAACACAACCUUUCUCUUGAUGCAACAGUUUUAUAAAAAAAAAAAAAAUGGUCAAUGUUAUUUUUGUUUUAUUUUGCAGAUUAUCAUAACCUAGCAAAAUACAUUCAAAUGAAAUAGUGGGUUUUAUAUAAAAAAUAUGGGUGGGGUGGGAAGGGUAAGUAAGUGCCUUAACAGGUAAGCUUAAGGUCUGAAAAAGUAGUUAACUUUUACACCCAUUUGUCUUUUAAAGGGAAUCAAUAGAUUGUAUUGAAGAGGAAGGGAGUGGGUGUUUAGAGUCUGCCUGUUCAGUUCCUUUUAGAUCCAUUCUCUGCCUAUCACACUUUCUCCUUUUCUGCCUUUGGGCUGUGUCACCUUCCACUACCUUCUCUUGUAAAGGGAGUGAGAGUAAAGAAAGGGAAUAGAAUGCAAUCAGUACUUUGUUACUCCCAUAAGUUCUAAAAUGUCAUUUAAAUGGUUGAAAGUAAUAGCUUCAAUGAGCAUUUCGGAGCACCUUUACUUUCAGGCUGCCAGGUUGUUUCUGUUUCCUUUUACCAUGGAUAAUUAAUUGGAGGGCAUUAGUAUAGAUGGGCAAGGUAUAGUAACAUUUACAUAAUUCUAUUAACUUUCAUGGGGGUGGGGUGGCAAACACCAUAUUCUAAGUAAAAAUUGCCAUUUUAAGGAAAAAAUGAACUCUGUUCCCUUGCUAAUUAGAAACAUUGCCUAGAUUAAAUUUAUUGCCACAAAGAAAAAGAGAGAGAAAAUCUCUUAUCUUCUCUCACCUUCUGAGAGGUUUAUUAAGACUUCCGCCAGACUUAGAACAGCUUUCGUUCAUAUCAACAUUUUUUUUUUUUAUUAAAAGCAACAAAGAAUGAUGGACAAAUUCUUAUUUAAGCUGUAAUGUGUCAAAUCUAAUGUUUUGUACACACACAGAGAUAUAAAUUAUAACAAUUUUAGAAAGGAACCAAAGGUAAAUAACCAGUGUUUUCGGAUCACUAAAUGGAAAAAUGGACUUUGGAAAUGAGCGUUGUGCCAAUUAACCAUUUUGUUUUAACUGUUAUCUCCCAGUAACUGAUUUUUUUUUUUUUUUUUUUUUUUGGAAUCUUAAAUUGAAACAACUGUAACUUAAUGGAAAUUGCCCCAGUUCUAAAGUCAGUCUUUUAACCCUGUGCCCUCUAUCUGAUUUGUGAACCUUUGUUAAAAUGCUGUAUGGGAAGCAUUCUAGCUUGGUGAGAGUAAGAAUAUUUUUAUGUAGAUAAUUUACCAUUUUACUGCUAUAAAAAUGAUGUCAGUUGACCAUUUUAUUUUUUGAUGGAUUUUUUUUUGUUGGGGAGAAAUGAAAGAAAAAAUUAUUUUGCUUUUAUUUGGAUAUUAAGUACUAACAACUUAUGAUGAAACUACAUUGCAGGAAGUGAAGAAAUACUUUGAAAUUUUGCGAAAUAGCUACAGUAUUUAAGUAUCUGAAAUUUUAAUAUGGUGAGUCUUAGAGCUUUAGACUUUCCUAUUAGUGACAGCAUCUAAGUUAUUCUUAACAGUCACACUUGUUAAUUCUGCUGACCAUAGUAGCUAACAUAAAAUUGAAGAUAUUUAUGUGACAUGAAUAGCUUGUGUUUUAAAAAUUAAAUAUUUUAUAUAAAAUUGAA